UUCAAAACCCCCUCUUUUGCUAAACCCUGAAACCCCAAGUCUCUUUUCUUCUUCUUCAUCAUCACCAUUUCCUUCUAUCACCCAUGAAUCUAUUCCUCUACACACACCUAUAUUAACACCCCCAAUCCUCUAAAAAUGAAGUCUUUAAGAGUCUUGCGAGCCCUCUCUUCCCAAUUCUCAAGACCCCAUUUCAAUGCCCCCUUAAUUCCGCCAAGAUUCUACUCAGCCCAGCUAGAAAAAGAGACCCAAGUGGCGUUUGAUGAUGAAAACGGGGAUGGGGUGUUUGAUUCUACUCAAUUUGAGAUACCCAGUUUGGGAAAUGUCGAAAAAGUUGGGCAGGAUGGGGGGUGGGAUGAGAGGUAUAGAGAGAGGGCUGAGGAGAAGCUGUUUGGGAAGAAGGUGGAGGGGAGGAGUGUGUCGAGAGCGGUGGAGAGGGAGGAGGAGAAGAGGAGGAGGGCUGCGGUUUUAGCUAGGGCCUUGUUGGAAUCGGUUAUGGAGAAGGGGGAGGAGGUGGAGGAGGAGGUGGAUUGUUUGUCGGUUAAGGAGGAGGAUCAGAAGUCGUUGUCGGUGGGGAUUAUUGGGGCUCCGAAUGCUGGGAAAUCUGCGCUUACUAAUUUUAUGGUUGGGACAAAGGUUGCUGCUGUUUCCAGAAAGACACAUACAACUACACAUGAAGUUUUAGGAGUGAUGACCAAAGGAAACACUCAAAUUUGUUUUUUUGACACCCCAGGGCUUACAUUAAACAGAGGAGGAUACCCGUCUAAAGACAUAAAAGUUCGGGUGGAGUGUGCAUGGAGUGCAAUUGAUCUAUAUGAUGUUCUUAUUGUUAUUUUUGAUGUUCACAGGCACCUUACCAGGCCUGACACUAGAGUUGUAAGAUUAAUCAAUCGAAUGGGUUCCGAUGCCAAUCCUAAACAAAAGCGCAUAUUAUGUAUGAACAAAGUUGACUUGGUUGAGAAGAAAAAAGAUCUGUUGAAGGUAGCUGAGCAAUUCAAAGAGCUUCCAGGAUAUGAAAAGUACUACAUGAUCUCAGGGCUGAAGGGUUCUGGAGUCAAAGAUCUCACUCAAUUUUUAAUGGAACAGGCUGUUAGACGACCUUGGGAUGAAGAUCCCCUCGCACUGAGUGAAGAAGUCAUGAAGAACAUAUCCUUAGAAGUUGUACGUGAAAGAUUAUUAGACCACAUACAUCAGGAAAUUCCAUAUAGUAUUGACCAUCGGUUGGUGGAUUGGAAGGAGUUGAGAGAUGGCUCUAUUAGAAUUGAACAACAUUUUGUCACCCCCAAACUGAGCCAGCGCAAAAUUCUUGUGGGGAAGAAUGGCUCCAAGAUAGGGAGGAUAGGUGUUGAAGCUAAUGAAGAGCUGAGGUCUAUAUUUAAGAGGAAUGUUCAUCUCUUUCUCCAGGUCAGACUUAAAUGAUGCAACUAGCCAGAUGACUUGGAGCUGUUUUUUUGGCCUCCUAAUCGGGUGUACAUAGUAAUAGCCUGUUAAUUGUACAAGUACCCUAUCUGAAUUGUUUUACAUUGUCUAGCAUACACGGAAUUCUACAUGACAAUAAAUAUGAAGCUUUCAUUCAGAUAGUUGAGAGCCUAAAGUUUUAGGUUAUUCCAACUUUUCACUAUAGCUCCCUUUUGUACUAGUUAAUUCUAUAUCUUAUUUGUUCGGCCAUGUUCUGUAGACUGCAACUCUAUAUUUCUUUAUGUUCUCAAUAUAUUAUGUUUAUGUUUUUAAA